AUGCAGAUCUUUCGCUGUGGUAUUCAUGGGUUCCAUGAAGUCCUUGGAAUUGAUGCUGAUGAGAUUCGUUUCUACUGGGCCAUUGAGAGCAACGAACAAGAUGCGGCCCAAGUCGCCUAUCGCAUUGUCGUGACGACAGAUGCCAAAUCUCUUGACAAAGAGGACUCAGGCUCUCUAGUCUGGGACUCUGGACGAGUCGAGAGCAAUGAGCAAAGAAACAUCACCUGCAAGCCCUCCAACGGGUUCCAAUCCACCUGCAAUCAUUUCUGGAGGAUCAAAGUGUGGGAUCAGGCCGGAAAUAUGUACCAGAGUGCUGUCAAUCACUUUUUCACUGCUUAUCCGCGCUCUCAUCUUUUGCCGCCGUAUAGCAUGAAUCAGACCUACAUGCCCCACACCAGUCUGAUUUUCAAAUCCUGGUUCGAGGACGAAGCAAAUCGUUGGAAAGCGGUUUGGAUCGGUGAUGGAGGCGACAAGCCAAUUUACCUGCGAAAAUCAUUCGAAUUGGCGCGACGACCAGCAAGGGCCAUUUUGUUCGCAUCUGGUCUUGGCCAUUUCAACAUGUCUGUGAAUGGAAAAGCUGCUUCAAAUCAUCGUCUUGAUCCUGGUUGGACCAACUAUCACCGUCGUGUCCAGUUCACUUCUUAUGAUGUGACCGAUCAGCUUGCUGCAGGCCAAAAUGCCUUGGGCGUUCAUCUAGGCAACGGCUUUUACGCCGGAGACAAGGGUGAUGAUCGUUUCUUUUGGCCGAUGUACGAAGACAAUACGUACGUUCGGUAUGGAAAUGAGCUAUGCUUCUUUGGAGAGUUGCAUCUUUUCGACGACGAUGGAGAACAUACCGUUUUGAUCUCGGAUGCUUCGUGGAAGGUCAGAAAGAGCGCUACCACCUUGGCCAAUAUCUAUGCAUCUGAAACGCACGAUCGACGCCUGUAUCCCUCAAACUGGGACUGUGUUGAGUUCAAUGAUGCGGAAUGGGCACCAGUAAAACCUCUCACUGGACCCAGAGGUCAGAUCCAUUAUCAGACUCAGCCUCCAGUUGUACUUCAUGAGACAUUUGAACCGAUUAAAACCCACAGUCCUAAAAAAGGGACUGUCUGCUAUGACCUGGGUCAGAAUGCUUCAACCAUGGUCAAAAUUGCAGUGGAGGGUGCCGCAGGCUCAGAGAUCAUUGUUCGAUACUCUGAGACUGUAGGAGAAGAUGGAUUAGUUCUCAUGCCCGAUCCUCUGUUCAAGGAAUUCGAGACGGGUGUUUUCUCUCGAAUCUUCUUGGCUGGCACUGGUAAACCUGAGAUAUGGGAGCCAGACUUCAGUUUUACCAGUGCUAGAUAUAUCCAGAUUGAGGGUGUUUCUUUGGAAGCCGACGAUCAACUGCCAAUCAUUCAUUCCGCAGUUGGUCGUCAUAUUUCAUCAGCUGCCAGAAAGCUCGGAACCAUGAAGACCGACAAAGAAGAUGUUAAUUCCCUGCUGAAUGCUCUCUACUGGUCAUUCUCCAGCAAUUUGUUCAGCUAUCACACGGAUUGCCCUCAGAUUGAGAAAUUCGGCUGGCUGGAAGUCACUCACCUGCUGGCUCCCGCCACACAAUACAUCCGCGAUAUGGAGUCCUUGUACACCAAGAUUCUUGAUGAUAUUCUAGAUACCCAAGAGCCUAGUGGUCUUGUACCAACAAUGGCUCCGGAGAUUCGCUAUAUGUGUGGUCCCCUGCACGACACCAUCACCUGGGGUUGUGCCUUGUGUUUGCUCCCUGAUAUCCUGCGACAGUACUAUGGCUCUACACAUGUCAUUCCCAAGGUGUACCCAGCUGCAGUCAAAUAUAUGGAGUAUAUGCAGACCAAAGAGCGCAAAGGCGGAUUGAUCGAGCACGGUCUUGGCGACUGGGGCCGUGGAAUUGCAUUCGGCAACAACCAAGCCAACAUCGAAACAGCCAUAUACUACCGCUGCCUUCAAUGCGUUGAGAUGAUGGCUCGCGAGCUUGGAAAGCAUGAGGAAGCUGAAAAAUUUAAUCAAUGGGCUGCACGCGUCUAUGCUACCUACAACCGCCAUCUCCUCGUGACCGACGACUCUUCUCGUCCCUAUGCAUACUACACCUCGCUCGAUAACUAUCCCGAGCGAGAUCGUGAUGCCAUUGCUCAGGCUAUGGCUCUGCAAUUUGGUCUUGUGCCUGCCGAGCACCACCAAGACGUGAUGGCUGCUUUCCUGGACGAUGUCUCCGACGGCAAGAUCCGGGCUGGUGAAAUUGGACUCCGUUUCCUCUUCAACACGCUAGCCGAUGCAAAGCGACCUGAUCUAGUCCUGCAAAUGGCUAGACAAGAAGAGCAUCCGUCUUAUAUGCGUUUCUUGCGCCGGGGUGAGACUACCUUGCUUGAAUUCUGGCAGGAUGAAUGCCGGAGUAAAUGCCAUGAUAUGCUGGGGACUAUCUAUGAGUGGUUUUAUGCUGCUGUCCUAGGCCUGAAGCCUAUUACAGAUGCCUACCGCACUUUUGCUAUUGAGCCACCGUAUAAUUCCGAGUUUGAGCAUGUCAAGGGGUCUGUUGAUUGUCCUUAUGGGUUGAUUGAUAUUGAGUAUAUCCGCUCCGAGGGCUUUGUGUCGUUGAACCUCACCGUGCCAUUUGGAACUAUAGCUACUGUUAGAUUACCUGGUAAUAUGAAGAAGGCCGAAUACGAGAGGCAGGAGGGGGAGAAGAGGAUUUGUGUAGAAGGGAAGGAGUUAACGCUUCCCCACGGAUUGUAUACUGUCAACAUUCAGCUCUAG